UGUCACAUGUGACCACUGGGAAAGGUUAUGCGAUGAAAACAUGGCGGCGUGCACACGGAGAGCAUCAGAGGUCCUGUGCUCUGUCAGGACAUUUCGCCAAAUUCAGCUUCAGAAUGACCGUUUCAUCACAACUUCUGUGAGUCGCCACGCUGUUUCAGGAGGUGGUCAACCCCCAAAAUUCACGCCACCCCCCAAGCCAGUUAUUGUGGACAAAACAAAAUAUGAUGCCCCUGAACGACGGUUCCUCAGCCCUGAAUUCAUUGCACCACGCUCUCGCACCAGCGGGCUGAAGUUCAUCGCCGAGAGAAAAGACAUGAUCAAGAGGCGUAAAGCACUCAACAUUCCUGAGUUCUAUGUCGGGAGUGUGCUGGCAGUAACCAUGAGGGACCCAUAUGGAAAUGGGAAGACCAAUCGCUUUGUGGGGAUCUGCACACAGAGAGGCGGCAGCGGGCUAGGAGCCACAUUCGUACUGAGGAACAUCAUUGAUGGACAAGGUGUGGAGAUCUGCUACGAGCUGUAUAAUCCACGUGUGCAGGCGAUCGAGGUGCUGAAGCUGGAGAAGAGGCUGGAUGGUAAUCUGAUGUACCUGCGCGACGCCCUGCCCGAGUACAGCACCUUCGACUUCGAGAUGAAGCCUGUACCCCACAACCCCACCGCAGACGUACCCGUCAACACGGUGAAGGUGCGGAUGAAGCCCAAGCCGUGGUCCAAGCGCUGGGAGCGUCCCAAGUUCAACGUGCAGGGCAUCCGCUUCGACCUGUGCCUCACCACCGAGCAGAUGCAGCACGCCCAGAAGUGGGCCAGGCCCUGGAUCGAGUUCGACAUGCUCAAACACCACGACACGGAGCACAUGAAGGAGGCCAUCUUGAAGGAAGUGGAGGCGGAAAUGAGGAAGUGAUGCGUACACUCCAGACCAGAUGGGGGCGCGGGUUGGGGCUCAAAGCGGGAAACUGCCGCACUGAUGGAGGGGAGCGGAAUGGAAGAUGGGUGCUAGUGAAAGACUUGCACUCUGAAAGACUUGGGAGUGAAACGGGUGUUGGGACUGAAUGAACUCGAGGCGGAGAAGAGAGGUUCAUCUUCUGUGUAUAGGAGUGGUUAUCUGCGCACACCAUCUUUCUUCUGUCUUUCUCGAGGAAGGCACUAAGACAUUGAAUUCAUACAUGACUUCUAGCAGCUGAAGCUCUGUUAGCCUACCAGAAUGAUUUCACUGAUUUGCCACUGUUCAGUGUUAAAACAAUGAUCUCAGUCAUGGUAACCAUAUAAUAUCAUGCCCAUGUUAUCUCUUAUGAUUGGGUUGCUUUUAGUAACUCCAUUACUCAAAGUAGUAAAUGUCUCGUUGGUUCAGGAUGUUGCUCUGUAGUAGAAGGGUUCUUAUUGUCUGUUUUUUAAAGACCUUGUUUACUAUCAUUGUACUCCAUCUUGAAAAAUGUAUUAUGAGUAAAAUAAAAAAAGGUGUAUCCAUAGACUGUAUGGG